AAGGAAGCGACAAAGCUGUGAAGGUAGUGACCCAAGAAGAGGAACCAACAACAGCAACAAUGGAGUGCGCCGGAAAAGGCAGGGGAACUCGCUGUUUGGGCCCACCCAGAAAACGCUGUCACCGUUGCGGAGCCGUUGCUUAUUGCUCAGCCUCUCACCAGAUUUUGCACUGGAGUGAACACAAAGAAGAGUGCAAAAGAUUAGCACAACAAAUGAAAAGUGUUGAUGUCUUGAAUGACUUUCCUUUCAUGUUUUCUCAAGAAGCUACACUUAUGGUCCAUGAAAAGAAAGAGACUAGGUGUUCAUUCUUGAGCAAAAGGGGCGUCCAUCAAGUGGGAAUGUGGCUGUAUGAAUGUUGUUGUGGCUCAUCAGUUACUUCCUCUGACUGUUUUAGGUCAAAUGAUGGUUGGCACCUUCCAAGAAUCUUAUGCCCAUGUAAUGAGCCUGUAGCUCCAAUACCAAAGCAGUUAAGUAGUUGGAAGGACUACUAUGAGUGGAGGUGCAUUCCACUUCAUUCACCUGUGGCUUUGCUUCUUCACUGGCCAUUUAUGAUAUAUCAAGCCACUCAAGUUGCUGGUCUUGGAAGUUCAACUUCUGAAAUCAGGGACAAACUGUGCGUGCACUAUCUUGGGCCUGAGAAAGAGCUUUUGCAACUUGCUGUGUUUGCAGAGUUGCAUGCACUUUUCCCUGGUGUGCAUGUGCAUAUAGAGCUCAUUGGGCCUGCAAUUCCACAACAUAGGGAUGGUGAGAGGAUUGAUCUUGGAAAUUAUGCUCAUUGCCUUGAGACAGAUUGCAUUUGUAAAUCUGCAAGGGAGAAUUUGAGCUGGGAUGUACAGACCGGAAGAACUUCAAAAGUGACAUUGCAGCUUCGAAGAGGGUUAUAUCAUGACUGCUAUCAUGAAAUAGCAAAGGAUUUCUCUCCUCAUUUGGUGAUUGCUCCAAAUGCCGGCAUUGCUGCUUAUUCGAGUUGGUUGCCAACAAUUGAGCUAAUAAAGGAGACAAAUGUCCCAGCAGUUUUUUCUGAUUACUGUGAAGAAGCUUGUCAUCUUGGAGCUUGUUGCAUAAGCACUUUAACUGGCCAUCCUCUCACAUUUCCUAUACAAUUAAAUCCAUUCAGGCAGCCAAUGGUGGUUGAAGACAGUGCUCUAUUUCUUCCUUGCUACAGUAAUUGCUUCCUCUUUGGGAUGUGACAUGGUCUUCAAGGUCAACUUGAGUACUGUUUAUUGACUUCUUAAGAUGGAUUUCUGAACUUGUCAUAGAACUUGAGUACUAUUGUUCAAUUGGGUUAUCAACGCAUAUAAGGCAUGUUUACUGAUGAAGCAGUCUUGAGGUUUCCAAGGUGAUUAUGAAGGUUUGUUGCAAGACAUCACCAUGUGCGUGCCUUAUUCUGGUGAACAAGAUCAAGUGGCUUGAUGGAAUGUUUAGUGUAUUCAACUCAGGAUUUACCUAAAAAAGAAAGAGAAAGAUCCUAGGGAGAUCUAGAAGUUUCUUGGCUCUCAAGAUGAUGCCAGUGGUUCUUUAGCUCUUCUUUACAUUAUUCACAGAGACAGAAGCUAUAUUCUAUUGCAUUACAAGUUUGUUGGUUCAGUGAAGCAUUUGCCAACUGAGGUCGCUGCAAGUUUUUGACAGAUCAAACCCGUUCAAACUUCUUUUCCGCUUCUCCUUUCUCUCUUUUAUGCUAUACCAAGAGUUUUUCUAACCCAUCACGAUGCUCUCGAUGACCUUUUGACAAGAACAUUAGAAUUUCAUAUUUAUCUGCCUUGUGGAAUGUAUUUAUUUACUUGUGUUAAUGAACUUGCAAAUGUUAGAUAUACUAACUGAGACCUACAUUUCAGAGUUUAUUACUCCUAAAGAUGGAUAGUGAAUAUCUUCUCAUUUUUGAUA